AUGAGAACAUGGUGUGUGUCUCUGACAAUGCAUGGCACAUCUAAAUUGAUCAUUCAUAGUUCUAUUGACCCUGUGUUUGUACUAGGGAGUGGCUGGAGCCUGAGGCACCUGCAUAUUUCUAUCCCAUGUGUGUUACUUAUCACCCACAGUGGGGUCACAGCCGAGCCUCAGACUCUCGCCAUUCCCGUACAUGCAGGUCUCCACGAAGAAGCUGGGACUCAUUCAUACUCAAAAUCCAAACGCUGUCCAAACAGCGAGUGUACACUUAGAUCUUCUGCAAAUGAAAGGUCAUUUGUCAUUUUUUUUUUAAAGUCUCCAACAUGGAUUCCAAAACAUCUUCAGCAUCAAACAUGA